AUGAUUCGCAGCUUGACCCUCCUCGGCGCCCUGUCGACGGCCCUGGCAGCCCCCACCUACGAUUAUAUCGUCGUGGGCGGAGGUACCAGUGGUCUCGUCAUCGCCAACCGUCUCUCGGAAAACCCUGAUGUGUCGGUUCUCAUCAUCGAGGCCGGUGGCUCCGUCCUCAACAACUACAACGUCACCGAUGUGGAUGGUUACGGACUGGCCUUUGGCACCGACAUCGACUGGCAGUAUGAGACCGUCAGCCAGCCCUAUGCCGGCGACCUGGUCCAGACGCUGCGCGCCGGCAAGGCUCUUGCGGGAACCAGUGCCAUCAACGGAAUGGCGUACACCCGCGCCGAGGACGCCCAGAUCGAUGCCUGGGAGGCCAUCGGUAACGAGGGAUGGUCCUGGGACAGCCUGCUCCCCUACUACCUGAAGAGCGAGAACCUGACCUACCCCACUGCCAGCCAGCGCGCGGCCGGUGUUACCUACGACGCCGAAGUCAACGGCGAGGACGGACCGCUGUCCGUGGGCUGGCCCGACAUCCCGGCCAACAACCUCACCAGCCUGCUGAACGAGACCUUCCAGGGACUCGGCGUCCCAUAUUCCGAGGAUAUCAACGGUGGCAAGAUGCGUGGUCUCAACCUCUUCCCCUCCACCAUCAACUACACCGCGUACGUGCGUGAGGAUGCCGCCCGUGCCUACUACUGGCCCAUCCAAUCCCGUCCCAACCUCCACGUGCUGCUCGACACCUUUGUCAACCGCCUCGUGUGGCGUGACGAGUCCGCCGGCAACAUCACUGCGGCUGGUGUGGAGAUCACCUCCGCCAACGGCACCGUUAGCGUGAUCGGCGCCAGCGAGGAGGUCAUCGUCUCGGCUGGUGCCCUCAAGUCCCCCGCCAUCCUGGAACUGUCCGGUAUCGGCAACCCUGCCAUCCUCGACAAAUACAACAUCACCGUCAAGGUCGAUCUCCCCACCGUUGGCGAGAACCUCCAGGACCAGACCAACACGGGCAUGUACGCUGCCACGACCCCCGGUCUCACGGGUCCCAAGGUGGUGAUCUACCCCAACGUUACUGACGUCUACGGCAACGAGACGUCCACCGUGGCUGCCUCGGUCCGCAAGCAACUGAAGCAGUGGGCCAAGGAGACGGCCGAGGUGAGCGGCGGCACCAUGUCGGCCCAGGUGUUGGAGGCCCUGUUCCAGCAGCAGUACGACCUGAUCUUCAAGAGCCAGAUCCCGAUCGCCGAGAUCCUGUACUACCCCGGUGGCACCGACAGCCUGAGCGCCCAGUACUGGGCCCUGUUGCCCUUUGCCCGUGGUAACAUCCACAUCAGCUCGGCCGACCCGACCGUCUACCCCACCAUCAACCCCAACUACUACAAGUUCGACUGGGAUCUGGACAGCCAGAUCGAGGUGUCCAAGUACAUCCGCAAGACGUUCCAGUCGGCGCCUCUGUCCAGCAUUGUGACGGAGGAGACCACCCCUGGGUUCUCGGAGGUGCCGGCGGAUGCCUCGGAGGAGGAGUGGACCGAGUGGCUCUUCACGCAGUACCGCUCGAACUUCCACCCUGUUGGAACUGCCAUCAUGAUGCCCCAAGAGAAGGGUGGUGUGGUGAACCACAAGAACCUGGUGUACGGCACCAGCAACGUGCGCGUGGUGGAUGCGUCGGUGCUGCCCUUCCAGGUGUGCGGCCACCUGGUCAGCACCUUGUAUGCGGCGGCCGAGCGCACGGCCGAUCUGAUCAAGGCGGAUUCUUCUCUGUUCUAG